CUUCUAUCUAUUGGUACCGGUGUGGUAAUCGACUUGCAACCCCUCAACCACCAGAAAGCACGUGAGCGGGUUCCAAUUCGACCCUAAUGAGGGGCUUUCGAACAUUCUCUUCCUCCUAUAGGUCUCGUCAGCUGCGUCGACUCUCAUCUCGCACCACCGACAUGUCUCGGAAUUAUGAGGCUGCGAUCGCAGCCCUCAAUUCGCUGCAAACCAACUUUGCGGUAGUUGAAGAAUUGAGGAAAUCUGUAUCUAGGAAAGAGAUGAACUUGCGUUCCCUGCCGGAGACUAUAGAAUGGCUUAGACGUAUUGGCUACCAGCCUUCGGACCUCGGUCAAAUCAAUCCUAUCCACGUUGCUGGGACCAAGGGCAAAGGUUCAACUUCUUCCUUCAUCUCCUCCAUUUUAUCCCAGUAUACUUCGUCACAGUCCUCCGAAUCGAAUGCUUCCGUGCACAAGCUCAACAAGGUUGGACUUUAUACUUCACCCCACUUGCGAUUUGCCCGAGAGCGUAUCCAGAUCGAUAAUGCGCCACUCUCGGAGGAGAAAUUCACCAAAUACUUCUUCGAGGUAUGGGAUCGACUUGAAGAGGCUGCCCAAAAGGCGGGCGAGGACCCUACAAGCCUACGAACAAAGCCUCAAUACUUCCGGUACCUGACCUUGAUGGCUUUCCACACCUACAUUAGCGAGGGGGUAGAUGCUGCGGUCAUCGAGUGUGGUAUUGGUGGAGAGUAUGACUGCACAAACGUUAUUGAAAAGCCAGCUGCAACCGCGAUCACCAGCUUAGGCAUCGACCACACUGCCAUGCUUGGAAACACGAUUGAAGAGAUAGCCUGGCACAAAGGUGGCAUCAUAAAACCUGGCACUAAAGCUUUCAGCGCACCGCAACCUCCAACCGCGGAGAAGGUUUUGUACGAGCGUGCAGCAGAGAGGGGCACAGAACUAGAGAUAGUGAGGGGUCAUCCCGAACUCACGAGCAAAGGCGAUGUGAAGCUUGGCCUGGCUGGUGAAUUCCAAUAUACGAAUGCGGCAGUAGCUGUAGCUGCCGCCGCCGAAUUUCUCCGGAAGGUCGGAGUUGAAGGCAUUCCUUCGGAUAUCCUUGCACAGCCUUUGCCUCCGGCAUUCCGGAAAGGGCUGGAGUCCGCCCGGCUGGGAGGUCGUUGUGAGACACGGCAUGAGAAGCAUGUGACCUGGUAUCUUGAUGGAGGCCAUACACUGGAGAGCAUCAGAUUAGCUGGCCAGUGGUUCGCUUCUCAGAUACACGCCAACUCUUCCUCAACCGCCGCCGCGAACAAGAAGCUGCGUGUCUUGAUCUUCAACCAACAAACCCGCGAUAGCAAUGCUCUUGCCGAGGCUCUUUACGAGACCUUAGCUGCAGCCUUGGGCUCAGAGCAGCCGUUCACGCAUGCGCUAUUCUGUACCAAUGUCACCUACAAGGAUGCAGGCUACCGCCCUGACCUUGUUAGCAUGAAUACGAAUGCAGACGAUGUGCAGAGACUACAGGUCCAGAGGAGCCUUGCUGAGAAGUGGCAUUCGAUUGAUCCACGCACGGAGGUCAAGGUUUACGGGACCAUUGAAGAAGCGGUCGACUUUGCCCGGGAACUCGCGGCAAAGGAGAGGGGCCUGGUAGGUCAAGACGAGGCUCCUGUCAUGACCUUUGUCACCGGUAGUCUACUCCUCGUCGGUGGAUUUUUGGAUGUGAUCGAGACGAAGCCGGGUCUGCAGAGCUGAACACGCUCUCCUACUCCCUCUACUGUUUGCUGCAUGUAAAUGGAUUCCCUUCGCCUCACCAUGAGGUUUCAACAACAUUUCUGGUGAUACCCGCAAGCAAGGGCUGAUGCCUUGAUUGCAUUGUUUUUUAUGGUCUGAUGAUGCUUGGAUAGAACUAGACGGGACGGUCAAUCACUUUCAACAGAGUUCUUUAAAAAUCUGUUUAUUCACGAGUCUAGAAUUACUUGGAAGGUC